AUGCAUCUCUCAUCUCCCGCCUCGAUUCUCCUCCUGAGUACUGUUUUCCAAACAGCCUCCAGCACACCUACCUCCUCCCACCUCACCCCCAACAAAAGCCAUGAUUAUAUAGACUGGCGCACCUUCCACGGCCGUGGUGUCAACCUUGGCGGCUGGCUCCAACAAGAAUCAACCAUCGACACAACCUGGUGGAGCACCUACUCCGGCGGCGCAAGCGACGAAUGGAACCUCUGCGCCCAGCUGGGCUCAAAGUGCGGUCCCGUCCUCGAACACCGCUACAAAACCUUCAUCACGACACGGGACAUCGACACCCUCGCCAGCUCAGGGGUAACCGUCCUUCGAAUCCCCACGUCGUAUGCCGCCUGGGUGCGCGUUCCCGGAUCGCAACUGUACUCUGGAAAGCAAAAGGAACAUAUCCACCGCAUUGCCACGUACGCGAUUGAAAAUUAUGACAUGCACAUCAUCCUCGACAUCCACUCUCUACCUGGCGGUACAAACGGCCUUGAUAUCGGCGAGGCGGUCGGUCAUUGGGGCUGGUAUAACAACGACACAGCUCUGAAGUACUCGCUCGAUGCUGUGGACUCCGCGCUGCACUUUAUCCAGUUCUCUUCGGGUCAUCCGCAGUCCUACACGCUUUCGCCCAUCAACGAGCCAGUGGAUAAUAGGGACUUCUCGACGUUUGGAACGCCUGCGGCGCUCUCCGAGGCUGGGGCUAGUUGGGUGUUGAAGUAUCUUCAUGCUGUUAUCGACCGGACGAAGAAGGUUAACCCUCGUAUCCCUGUUAUGUGCCAGGGCAGCUUUAAGCCUGAGACAUACUGGAGUCCGCAUUUUGAUGCUGGCGCGAACAUUGUGUUCGAUGAACAUCAUUAUUAUUUCCAGUAUGCUAACUCGACUUCGGCAAACUUACCGGAAUUUCUUUGCAAGGAUGCGAAGGAAAGUGCUGGCGAUGGGAAGUUCCCUACCUUUGUGGGCGAAUGGGCGAUUGAAACCUCGGACAAUGACCUUGGGUUGCGAGGACGGAAUCUUCAGGCGGGGAUUUCGGCAUUUGGACAGUUUACCAGGGGCAGUUCGUAUUGGACUGCGAAGUUUUCGAGUAACGCUACUACCAAGGGAGAGGGCGUGAAGGGAAAUUAUUGGAAUUAUCAGGAGUUUGUUAGGAUGGGGUAUUUGGAUGGGCAGGUUGAGGUGCCGAAUUAUUGUCAGUAA